UCAUCACUUGUUUUACUAGUCAAACGAUGGUUCGUUUUCAAUAGUCGCACGUGGAGUUUAUUCUUUAUACGAUUUGUAUAUUUAUUUCAUUGCUUAAUUAUAAUUAAUUGUUAUUUAAAUUUGACACAACUAUCUUCGAAAUGGCUAUGCUAGCUGAGCCCAGGCAACGGAAACGUUAUAAUUUGGUCCCCAGAGGGAAAGCUUUAUAUGAAGAUGACAGUCGCUAUGGUACAAAAAUGCUCGAAAAGAUGGGAUGGGAAAAAGGCAAAGGUUUGGGAGCCAAUGAAGAUGGCACAAAGGACUUUGUGAGAAUUCGCUAUAAAAACGAUGCCCUUGGUUUGGGUUUUGAACAUCGUGAUGAUCAGUGGACACAACAUGAACAAAGUUUUAAUGGUCUGCUGAAAAGUCUAAAUAAUGAAGAAGAUGAUGCUAAUACAAACAUGCUUGAAGAAAAUGGUAAUGGGUCACAAGACGACAUGCCGCGAAUUGGUUUUGGAUUCCAAGACCCCAGUGCGAAGCAAGAGAAAAAACCAAAGGUAGAAAAACUGAAAGAAAAAAUUAGCGGCAUCUCUUUGGAGGAAAGAUCAAAACAAAGCAGGGCUCGAGUACAUUAUAAAAAAUUUACCAAAGGUAAAGACUUGGCUCAAUAUAGUGAAAAAGAUCUGGCCAAUAUUUUUGGUAAAAAAGUAGCUGAUGAGCAACAGGCCGCCAACGAUUUCUAUCAGCAGCUGAAUAAUACUUUUGUGAAAAAAGAAGAAACAAAAGAUGAAGAAGAAGAGCCCAAUAAAGGUGUUCAAAUAAUAAAUACCGGUGUAUCUGUUAGUGAUUAUUUCAAAACAAAAAUGGAAGCUCUUAAAAAUAGAAACAAUGGUUUCGAUGGUGCAGAUAAGAAUGUAACUCAUAAUGAUGAACAAAUGGAAGAAGAUGUUUCCAAGAAAAAGAAAAAAAAGAAAAAGGAUAAGAAGGAUCAAGACAUGGAAGAAGAAAAGAGUAAUGAAACGAAAAAGGAAGAACCAAAUGGUCUUAUUAUAAAUCACGAUGUUUCGGUUGCAGAUUAUUUUAAAAUGAAAAUGGAUGCUAUUAAAAAUAAAAAAAAAGAAUUAAAUAAUACUGAAUAUAAUGUGGAUAAAACCAGUGUAAAUGAUGAAGUACAAGAAGUUGAGGUUAUUAAGAAAAAGAAGAAAAACAAAAAAGUGCUUAAUGUUGAGGAAAAUGAUUCUGUCAAUAAGGAAGACAAUGGCCAUGAAAACUGCAUCAAUGAUGAAACGAAAAAAGAAGCAGAAGUAUCUUUCAAAAAAGAAAAGAAAUCCAAAAAAAGUAAUGCAGUAGAUACGGUGGAACUUUCUCUCGAUGAAGAAACUAAAAGUAAAAAAAAAGAUAAAACAAAAAAGAGAACACAAGAGAUUGGCGGUCAAAAUGAGGACAUUGAGCUACCAUUAAUAAAGAAGAUAAAAUACGAUAACUCACCAGCAGAAAAUACAAAGGAGGUUAACAUUGAAAUUGACUUAACACAAGAACCAACAAAAAAGAAACAGAAAAAAAGUAAAACUAAGGAAUCAAAUGAAGUCAUUGAAAUAGACGACAGUGACAAAGAAACUAAUCCCGUUUCCUUAAAUGAAGGCAAUUUAAUGGAGAAAAAAAAGAAAAAGAAAUCGAAGAAAACUAAAGAACUCACCGAAAACUCAGAUAAAGAAGUAAAUUCAACCUCGUCUUACCAAACCGAAAAUACGACCGGCCAUCCAUCGGAAAAGCCCUCCAAAUCCAAAAGAAAAGAUGUAAGUUCAAGUACAAACAAUGUAUUUAUCAAUGACCUUAAUGUUCAAAUAUUAAAUCUUGAUGAACUAAAGAAAAAAUACGAAGCAUUUAAUAUCUACCCACUCUCUUCAUUUUGUGCAGAAAAAUUCCGCAAUAUAAGUUUAAACGACUUUACGGGCUCCAUACUGCCACAAAUCGAAGGCUAUGGUCUCGACUCACACAUUCAGCUGGACGUACAAAUAAAUCAUAAUGAUGAAGAACGCAUAACAAAUCUAUGGAGAGGUGUUCUAGAUAAGUAUGUUCAAUUGCAGAAGCCGAAAAAAACGUAUCAGCACUACGUACGAGAAACGAUUAAAGCCCGGAAAACAAAACAAAAAAGGCCAAAACUUUAUGUAAAAACUUGGAAACGUAAAAAUGCCUUCCAAGUUAUAUAGUGUCUUGUAUACUAUAGUUUUAAAUAAUUUAGGCAAAUCUAUCAGGAGAUGUAGUUAAGUUCAACAUUUGUAAAAUAAAUUAAAGAGUGUAAACAUACCUAUACAUAAAUAACUUAAUUAUAAAAUGUAUGUAGAUGCAUUGUAAUAAAAAGAAGAAAAAAUCUGAA